AUCUGUCUCUAUCUAUCUAUCUAUCUAUCUAUCCCUUCGCGGUCGUCGCAUUUCUUUGCUUGUGUGUGUGUGUGUGUGUGUGUGUGUGUGUGUGUGUGUGUGUGUGUGAGUGUGUGUGUGAGUUGGGGGUUAUUUUACAUAGCGGUUUCUUUUUCUUUCUUUCUUUUCCCUUCUUCUUUGAUUUACACACGCACGCGCCGUUGGCAAUCCACCGAUCGAUUGAUCCAUCCGUCGAGAAUCAGUCGCAUUCAGCGAACGACCUAAAUACCUACCUACCAACCAACCUACCGAAUUUACUACCUCCGAACCAAUCCACCUCCCAUCACAAAGAAAAAUAAAUGGACGCCCAAGCCUACCUCCUCCGCCACGGCUGGUCCGGACCCGGCAACCCACUCAACCCGAACCGACGGCCCGGCACACACGGCGGACUAGGACUGACGAGACCGAUUCUCGUUGCGCGACGCCAAGGCAACCAAGGCGUGGGAAAGAAGACGACCAAGGAUCCCACGAAUCAGUGGUGGCUGCGGGGAUUCGAGGACGCGCUGAAGGGCGUGGGCGAUGAGAAUAAGAGUGCGGGGGAUGCGAAGCGCACGCCGAAUGCGUUGACGAGUGAAUUGUAUCGCUAUUUUGUGAGGGGGGAGACGGUUCCGGGGACUUUGGGGGGUAAGAAGAGGAAAGCUGAGGAUGAGGAUGAUGAUGGGAAGAAGAAGAAGAAGAGCAAGGGAGAGGAGAGUAAGGAGGAGAGACGGGUGAGGCGGGAGGAGAAGAGGAAGAGGAAGGAGGAGAGGGCGAAGAGGAGAGAGGAGAGGAAGAAGAAGAGGGAGGAGAAGGAGGUUAGGAGGGCGGAGAGGGAGAAGAAGAGGGCGGUUAAGAAGAUGAAGAAGGAGAAGAAGGAGAAGGCUGGUCCUGAGGAUGAGUAUCCUACGCCGCCGGCGACGGAGGUGGAACAGACGGAGUCGAGUGGGAGGGAUGAGGAAGAGGUGAAGAAGGACAAGAGGGAGAAGAAGAAGACAAAGCGAGAGACGUCUGCGUCGGAUGACGGGUCGAAGAAAAAGAAGUCGAAAAAGUCCAAGGAUGAGACGGCGUCCUCGAAUUGAAUGUGAAUGAAUGGGAUAGACGGAUGCUCUUUGGCAGUUUAUAGAUAGAUUCGACUUAUAGAUACCCAUGGCUGUGCUACUUGGUUGUAUAUCCUCACGAACAAUAUUUGCAUUUUCAUUAUCAUUCUUUUUGUCGUCAUAUCAUCAUCAUGCUACUUCCUUGGCUUCUGUAGGCAGCUUUCCUGGCUUGCCGGAGAGAAUCCAAGGCCGUCUCUCCCAGAAUUCAUCCUUGAUGAUGUCGACAUGGUCGACUAUGACCUGCACUUUGCGACGCAGUUUGCGGAUCUUUUCUUGCUGUGUCUUGGAGGGUGUGUCCUCCUGCAAUG